AUUCUCUUACCAGUACACUCCUCUUAAAGAGAAAUGGAGUAGUCCACGGUCUCAGACUUGCGAGAUAAUUGACCUCUUCAAAUUCAGCUGUGAAAUGUCCUGUAGCAAUGUUUCAUAACGGGUUUAUAAACCAUGUCAGUGCCAGUCAGAGAGGGUGGAGACUGAGCUGAAAACAAGAAGUGAAAGGAAUGACUUUCUCCUCAGAGAACACAGAAGCACUGACACAGACAGAGAUAACAGACAGACAGACAGGUGUGUCAGACAGCAGCAGGUAACAGGAAUGUGUAGAAGUGUGUAUUGUGUGUUUGUUGUGUGAGUGUGUGUCUGUGCGUGAACUCCGAGUACUCAGUAUGGACGGAGUAUGUGAGGAUGACCUGUGCUGGCUGCAGUUGGAUGAUUACAGGAUGCUGCUCAUCAAAACCAUCGAACCUUCAAGAAUCACUCCCUACCUGCGGCAGUGUCAGGUGAUCAGCGCUGAGGAUGAGGAGCAGCUCUUCAACGACCCCACUCUGGUCAUCAGGAGGAGGAAAGUUGGAGCCCUGCUAGACAUCCUGCAGAGGACAGGGGUCAAAGGUUACACGGCCUUCCUGGAGAGUCUGGAGUUGGAUUAUCCUCAGUUGUACAGUCGAAUCACAGGGAAGGAGCCUAACAAGACCUUCAGCAUUCUCAUUGACACUGCAGGAGAAUCUGGUCUCACUCAAUUCUUGAUGUCAGAGCUCAGUCGCUUGCAGAGGGCAUUACAAAAUGAGAGAAAACGUCGUCAACAGGCCUGUUCUGUUGCUAAGGAACAGGAGGCAUGGUCUCAGCAGCAGCAGCUGAGGGACCAUGAGAAAAGGAAAUUGACUGAGCGUGUGCAGAAGCUCCGGGAGGAGCGGGAGCGACUGAGCGAGGAGGUGAAGCAGCUUAGAAAUCACAACUACAGUCUGAUGGCUGAAAUCAAUACCCUGAACCAAGAGAAGAGCAACGCCCUGCUGGCCAACAGAGACCUGCAGAUAGAGGUGGAAUGCCUCAAACACACUGUGCAGCGAGCUGAGAGCCAGACUCGACUGCUGAGACGACGAACACUGAGACCACAGCAGGAGAGCAGGAGUCUGACUGUACCCACAGAGACCUUUUUUCAUCCCAACAAACUGGAGGAGCAGAAGGAGGAAAAGCCAGAGGAGAGAAGAGAGGAGAAAAAACAGGAGGAGAAGGAGGAGAAAAAUCAAGAAAGGCCUGGGGUUCCUUUCCGUCACUUGAACGUCCUUGCUACAGUGUUCAGACUGAGAAGAGAUCUCCACCGAGCAGAGGAGCAGAGGUCCAAGAGUCAGGAGGAGAAAGAAGAGCUGGAACUGUGCUGUACUCAGCUGAAGAGUGACGUCAGGAUGUACCGUCAACGGAACAAACAAACCCUCAAACAGCUGGAGGAGGUGAUCAAAGAGAGAGACAAGGCUCUGGCGUCACGGGCGGUGCACCAGGAGGAGGCACGGCUACAUCUGCAGGACAAGGAUCACUACAGGGAGCAGGUCAGACAGCUCACUGAGCAGUCUGAUAGGCUGGAGCUCCGCCUGCUAAAGUCACAGGGGGAGGAGCUACAGCUCAGAACACGCUUCCGCAAACUCACCUGCAACACCCACCAGUGGGAGAGAAGUGUGAGCAGUGAGGAAGAGGAGGAGCCUCCUGAGAACACUGUAAAAGGAAGCAGUGAGACAUCAGGGGAGAAUGAGGAAAUAGCACCAUUGCAGCAGCCCAUCAUGCCUAUAGGAGGGGCUACUGGGUCUGAACAAAAGGCCAGCCCUGCUGCAUCAUGGGAGAAGCAGACAGAUGACUGUCUCACCUCCAAGAGUCGCCCAAACUUCUUUUAUCGCAGGAAGCGAGCAGUCAGGUCAAAGGUCAGCAGUAAGGAGUACACAUCUGGUAACCUUGAUGACAGCAGUGGCAGUGACAUCACGGAAUGGGACUGAGCAGAUCUGAGAUCAUGCACUGUGACCAGAGGUGGAUAGUGAUGAAGUAGAUGUACUUUGUUACACUAUUUAAGUAGUUUUUUUGAGGAUCUGUAUUUUACUUGAGUUUUUUUUUAUUAUUAAUCAGGACUUUUACUUUUACUCUACUACAUUUAAAUAUUAAAAAAUAUAUUUUUACUCCGUUACUUUGACCUAGUUACCCAUUGCAAAUUAAAAUAGAAAUAUAAUUAAUCUGGGAUUAUCUGGAAUGGGCGUGUCAGAGAGGACGAGAAGAACGUAUGGUACUCAUGAAGAUUAGAGGUAAGGGUGGGACGUGUGGGGCGGCGGAGAUCAACAUGGCUACAUACACAGUUAACGUUGAUGAGGAAGACACGUCACAUGUUACCACACUGACAGCAUCUCCUUUGGUAGAAGACGACAGUCACCCGUGGUCAUACCUGGCAACAAUGUUUGGUUACCUUGGGAUGGGGGAAAAUCCUAAAACACACAGAAUGAAGUGCCUCUUGUGCCCAAAGUGCCACGAGAUAAAAGCGUUUAAGAACUCUCCAUCCAACCGUUUGUGAACCAUUUUUGGUUGUUUUGCUUCUUUUUAUGCUUACUAUAGAAACACUUUGUACUUUACUUGUACUUUUUAUACUUGAGUAUAUUUUUUCACAAGACACUUUUGAAACAUGAGUGCAUUUAAUGUGGGCAACUUUAAGACUUUUACUCAAGUGAUUUUCACCAUUUUCACUGGUAUAUUAUACACCUCUGACAGUGACAACUUGCACAAUGAAAUGCUUUGUUUGAUUCUAUAUGAUUCUGUGUUCGACAUUGUUUUUCAAUUGAAAGUGUCUGUAGUGGCACUGCUGUCCAGUCAUUGAUAAUAUGGUUAAAAUACGAUCAGAGGUAUAUGGAAUACUGGGAAACCACACUUACCUCAUCAAAGUACCUCAUCAUAAAACCAGAGGUGUCAAGUAAUGAAGUACAAAUACUUUGUUACUGUGUAGAGGUAGCAGCUGAUCAACGACUCCUGAGUGCAAUGAUGUAAAAUUGCUUGUUUUUCUAUUAACUUUGGUGUGGGAGCCAAACAAAUUUCAGUCACCUGUUGGAAAAGAUUGUCUAAUGACAGAAAAGAUGUACAGUAACUUUAGUAUAAUAUGCAUUCUCACAUAUUAGUUACAUUACAUCACUGGUUUAAAUGACACGUUUAAGGACAUAAUGUAAAGAGGGGAAUGGGUUGAUAAAUUCACAUGAGUAAUGGUUAUGUCUUUUUUCUCUUUUAGUAGCGUAUAAUUAUGUUAUAUUUUCAUAAAAUACUGUGUUGAAAAAGACAUUACUUUAGGUGGACUGGAGGCAUUUGUUGAACUUAAGUAAUGUAAUGUCUCAGCAACACAAAGCAGAAUUAUAAAACAUGCAUGAGAACAGUUUGAGCUUUUUGUAACUGCGUGCAUGUAUAAAAGUAUGAAGUUAAUGUUUGUUUCUUA